AUGCCUGAUCAGAAGGUGCUUAAUGAACAGCUGCCUCCCAGAUUUGACAAUGGAUCAACUUCAAAAAACAAUUCCUCUCAGCCUGCCAUCGUACCUGAUGACACAGUGGUUAAUGGACUUUUGGCUCCUGGAUCUGGUGAUGGAUCAAGUUCAAAAAACAAGUCCUCUCAGCCUACCAGCAUACCUGAGGACACAGUGAUUAAUGGAAUUUUGGCUCCUCAAUCUGGUGAUGGAUCAAGUUCAAAAAACAAGUCCUCUCAGCCUACCAGCAUACCUGAUGACACUGUGAUUAACGGAAUUGUGGCUCCUGGAUCUGGCGAUGGAUCAAGUUCAAAAAAUUAUUCCGUUCAGCCUUCAGGCAAGCCUGAUGAUAAACCUCUUUCCUCUAAGCCUACCGACAAGCCAGAUAAUAAGCUGCUCAGUCCACCAUUGGCUCCUGGAUUUGUUGAAGGAUCGGGUUCAAAAACUGAUUCCUCGCAACCUACCAAAGUGGCAAUUGAUAAAUUGCUUGAUGGACUUCUAUCCCCUGGUUUUGAUGAUAGAUCCUGCUUGAGUAGAUACCGUUCUUUCCUGUACCGCAAAGCUUCUCAAUAUAAGCCCUCUCCCUACCUUCUUUUGAAGUUACGUAAGUACGAAGAUCUUCACAGACGCUGUGGACCACACACCAGAUCUUACAAUGAAAAUAUAAAGAGACUCCAGUCUAGCCAUACACGUCGUACCAGGGGGUGUAAUUACAUUGUCUGGUUGGGUGCUAAUGGGAUGGGAAACAGGAUAAUAAGCAUGGCCUCAGCAUUUCUUUAUGGUCUCCUCACAAAUCGAGUCCUACUUGUGGAUCAUGGAGCUGACAUGUCUCAUCUCUUUUGCGAGCCAUUUCCCAACACAUCAUGGAUAUUGCCCAUGGACUUUCCCGUGAGAAAACACUUUCAUUCCUUGAAUCGGAGACAGGAUCGUUUCAGUGAUAUAUCAGAGAAGUCCCCUCCAUCGCAAGAGGUAAGCAAGCUGUUCCCAGAAAAAGAUACCAUUUUCCAUCAUUUGGGUCGCUAUCUUUUCCAGCCCUCAAAUCUGGUAUGGGGAAGAAUUACAAAGUUCUAUCAGGAUAAUCUAGCGAAGACAGAACAGAGGAUUGGCCUCCAAAUAAGAGUAUUCCACCGCGAAAGUAGUCCAGUUGAAGUGAUCAUGGAUUCAAUAUUAUCCUGUAUGCUGAAGAACAAGCUUCUUCCAGAAGUAGACACACAGAGCUCUGCACGUUCUCCUCCUGGAAAUCAUUCUUCUAAAACUAUUCUAAUAACCUCCUUGUUUUCAGAGUACUAUAAGAACAUGAGUGCUAUGUAUCAGUCAAAACCAACUGUGACGGGCGAAGUGAUCAGGGUUUACCAGCCAAGCCACGAAGAAUAUCAACACAAAUCGGACAACAAGCACAACAUGAAAGCCUGGGAUGAAAUUUAUCUAUUGAGCUUGUGUGAUGUUCUAAUCACUAGUGCCGAGUCAACCUUUGGCUAUGUGGCACAAGCUCUAGGAGGUUUGAAGCCAUGGAUUUUGAUCGGACCACAUCAUAAUAAGGUUCCCGACCCAUCUUGUCUGCGAGACAAAUCUAUGGACCCUUGUUUCCAUUUUCCUCCCAGUUACGAAUGUAAGGCAAAGAACAAAACUGAUUUUGGCACUCUUGUUCCUUAUGUAAGGCAUUGUGCGGAUCGGCAUACAGGAGUGAAGCUUUUUAAUGAUCGUAAACUAUCUUAG